UCUCGCCAUUCUUCCUCCUCCAUUCUCCCUCCGUCUAGAGAGAGAGAGAGAGGAAAACCCAAUAAAAUUUCUCUCUCUAAAAGGGCUUCCUUCCUUAUCCCUUCCUUCCUCCCACCAUCACUUCGAUCUCCCCAUCUCGAUCGGAAUCUAUAUAUAUAUAUAUAUUUUGGAUAUAUAGAUCAAUCGGUUUUUUGUUUGUUCGACGGGAGUUGUGCGGUAGAUUGGACCAAAGUUUUUUGAUUUGCGAGUUAUGCAGGCUGAUCAGACGGUUUUGAGCUUGAGACCAGGUGGCGGCACUCGCGGCGGAAGCAGAGUAUUCGCCUCGCGCUCGGAUUCCUCGUCGGCGCCGAAUUCUGAUCCGCUACUGCGUCCCCAUGGCGCCGCCGCCGCUUCUGCGUUCCCUUCCUUCAAGACUGGAGAAUCUCAAUUUGAGGGCCAUGAACGGAUCCGGUUUACUAGAGACAUGCUGCUGCAGCUAAAAGGGGCGGUGGACACCAUCCCAGAUGAGAUUUUGAAAGUGAAACAAGAAGUUGGAUCUGAACUGUUCCUUACUGAUCCAAGCUGGGGCCGCGGAGAAAACAAUUCCCAGAGCCGGUAUUCUGAACAGGACAACCGUGACUGGCGUGGCCGUUCUGCACAGUUGCCUCCUACAGAGGAGAGAUCCUGGGAGGCUAUACGAGACAGAGAUUACGGUACCUGGUUUGACCCAAGGCAACAAGAUGCAAAUCAAUACAAUAAACAAGAUCAGCUGAAUUCCCAGUUUGCGAGAGCCCAAUUGUCUUCCAACCAAGGGCAGGCUGCUCCGACUUUGGUUAAGGCUGAGGUGCCAUGGUCUGCUCGUAGGGCAACUCUUUCUGAUAAGGAACGAGUUUUAAAAACAGUGAAAGGCAUACUGAACAAGCUGACACCUGAAAAAUUUGAUCUACUAAAGGAUCAACUGAUUGAUGCGGGUAUAACAUCGGCUGAUAUUCUGAAGGAAGUUAUUUCCUUGAUAUUCGAUAAGGCUGUGUUGGAGCCGACUUUUUGCCCCAUGUAUGCGAUGCUUUGUUCGGAUUUGAAUGAAAAGCUCCCGCCAUUUCCCUCGGAAGAACCUGGUGGUAAAGAAAUUACGUUUAAGCGAGUUCUCUUGAACAACUGCCAGGAGGCAUUUGAAGGUGCUGACAAGUUGAGGGAAGAGGUUGGGCAGAUGACUGCUCCUGAGCAAGAAGCGGAACGAAGAGAUAAAGAGAGGUUAAUCAGAAUUCGUACUCUUGGCAACAUUCGCCUUAUCGGAGAACUCUUGAAACAGAAGAUGGUCCCGGAGAAGAUUGUUCAUCAUAUUGUUCAGGAACUCCUGGGACAGGACGUGAAUAGCUGUCCCGCCGAGGAAAACGUCGAAGCCAUAUGCAAGUUCUUCAAUACGAUCGGAAAACAGCUCGACGAGAACCAGAAAUCGAAGCGAUUCAACGAUGUGUACUUCCGUCGCUUGAAAGAUCUGUCGACCAACCCUCAGCUUGCCUCGCGCUACAGGUUCAUGCUCCGUGAUGUCCUCGAGCUGCGCAGCAACAACUGGGUCCCGAGGAGGGAAGAGGUCAAAGCCAAAACCAUUACUGAGAUCCACUCAGAAGCCGAGAAAACUUUAGGUUUACGCCCGGGCGCAACUGCCAGCAUCAGAAAUAACCGAUCCAACACUUCCGGAGCGCAAGGGAACAUCAGCCCGGGCGGCUUCCCCAUGAAUCGGCCCGGUUCCGGCGGUAUGAUGCCCGGGAUGCCCGGGACCCGGAAGAUGCCCGGGGCGCCCGGAAUGGACAACGACAAUUGGGAGUAUCCUAAAUCACGAUCCAUGCCUAGAGGCGGCGGCGGCGACGGAUCCAACAAUCAGGCUCCGGCGCGCGGCGGCGGUCCGUCGCCCCUGAUUGCGAAGACGCCGUUGAAUCAGCGUCUUCUUCCCCAGGGCAGCGGCGGUUUUGUGGGCGGCCGUAGCGCCCUGGUGCAGGGCGGCGGUGGUACUGCCCCCCCUGCCCGACCUGUCACCCAAGCACCAAGUCCUGUUAAACAAGCGCCCACCCCCUCGAUGGCCCCUGUGGUCGACAAACCGUCGGCUCCGGCGACAGCGAAAUUCAGCGUUGACGAGCUCAGCAAGAAGACGAAGUCGCUGGUGGAGGAAUACAUAACGGUGCGGCUUCUGGACGAAGCGCUUUUGUGCGUCGAGGAAUUGAAAUCUCCGUCUUAUCAUCCGGAAGUUGUGAAGGAAGCGAUUUCGCUCGGGUUGGAGAAAAGCCCGCCGUGCGUCGAACCGAUCGGGAAGCUAUUGGAGUAUCUGUUCGCGAAGAAAGUCCUCGGCGCGGCGGACAUUGCGACCGGGUGUCUUCUCUAUGCGUCGCUUCUGGAAGAUCUCGCCAUCGAUUUUCCGAAGGCGCCGCCCAAUUUCGGCGAGAUCGUCGGGAUUUUGGUGCUCGUCGGAGCUUUGGACUUCAAGGUGGUUAAACAAAUCCUGGAAAAGAUCGGUGACGACUAUGUCCAGAAACCCGUUCUCGCCGCCGUCUUGAAUUCUGUCGGGUCUUCUCCAUCGGGGAAGGAAAUGUUGCGCGCGCAGGAAUCUGACGUUAAAGCCUGCGAGGCCCUUCUCUAGGCGUCGGAAAAAAAGUCGGAUCGGAAUAUUGAUUCUUCUUAAUUCUCAUGUUGCCGAUGGUUGCGCGGAUUGGAGUUACAGGUAAUGUUGGCGAAUCGAACUACUCUUCUUUCUCUAUAUGUUUACUACUACUCUCGUUUUUUGACGCGAUAUUAGUGUGUUUUGUUGAAUAGAGAAAAAAAAGUUUUUUAGAGUAUAAAAAGGAUUUUGAAUUCUCCGGCGAGGGCUGUGGCUAAUCACCGGCUGCCGCCGUUGCUCGGGGAUGAAAAAAUUGGGUCUCUUUGUGAGGAUGGAUCAACCCGUCCUUUGUCGUCGUCGUCGUUGCCGUUGUUUUUGUAUUCGAUUAGUUUUUAAAUUUUAUUUAUUUUUGUUGACUUGGUUAAAUUUUGACGCCCUCAUUUAUCUGGACUUUUGUAUGAUUUGGAGAAUUGGAUCGAUGGAUUAUAUGGCAUUUUGUUUUUGCUGUU